AUGUCCUCGCAGGCCUACUACUACCCGGCCGACCAGCAACACCGACCCUCAUCCCACUACACCAGCCAUCCGGCAGAGAUGCAGCAGUUCUACGGGCAGAUGCAGCAGUUCCCUCCGCCACCACCGCAGCACUGUGUGCCUGAGCAGCAGCCGCUGUAUGCGCCUCAGCCGCUGAUGAACAUGCACCAGAUGGCCACCACCAACGCCUUCCGUGGCGCCAUGAACAACAUGACCCCGAUCGCCUCUCCCCAGCCCUCCCAGCAGCUCAAGCCCACCAUCAUCGUCCAGCAAGGCUCGCCCGCCCUCAUGCCCCUCGACACCCGCUUCGUCAGCGCCGACUUCUAUUCCUUUCCCUCCACCCCGCCGCUCUCCACCUCGGGCAGCACCAUCAGCAGCCCGCCGUCCACCAGCGGCGCCCUGCGCACCCCGGUCAACGGCUUCUUCUCCUUCGAGAAGGUCGAGGGCGUCAAAGAGGGCUGUGAGACCGAUGUUCACACUGAGAUCCUUGCCAACCCGGAUCAUCUGUCGCGCUCAGACUCCCCUCCCAUGACACCAGUGUUUAUCCACCCCCCAGCAUUUACUGCCAGCCAAGCCUCCGACCUUCUGUCGGCCAACAGCUCCUGUCCAUCCCUGUCGCCGUCGCCGUCGCCCGUGCCCACCACUACUUUCGUUACACACCCACAGUCCGCCGAGCCUGCCAGCUCCGACUUCUGUGAUCCUCGCCAGCUGACGGUACACUCGUCCAUCUGUGUCGCUGCACCUGCCGCCGAGCUGCCACCGCUGCCCACUCUGUCCUGUGACGAGGAGGAGGCUAACCAUCACCACCACCCCCAUCACACUCACCACACUCACCACCAUCAGCAUCAUCAGCACCAGCACCAGCACCAACAACAACAGCAACAGCAGCAGCAGCAGCAGCAGCAACAACAACAACAACAACAACAACAACAGCAACAGCACCACAAACUGGUCCUGGGUAGCGCAGCCGUCACCCUACCGAUUCACGAGCAUAACCCUUCGCCUGUGUUCAGCUGCGCCGCUGUCGCUGCCGCCAUUGAUCCGCUUUCCACUCUGCCCACUUUCGAUAGCUUCUCGGACCUGGACUCGGAAGACGAGUUUGUCAACCGUCUCGUCGACUUCCACCCGAACCACGGCACCUACUUUGUCGGCGACAAGCGCCAGCGUGUUGUCGGUGGCCAGUACGCCCUGGAUGAAGACGAGUUCUUGAGCGAGCAGAGCAUCGAAGACCUUGACGACCACCAGGAUCCCUUCGCCUACCACGGCCUCCCAACGACUCUGGAGUCGGUCACCAUCGAUCCCGUGCCCAUGCAGAUCGAUUCCGACAACUCGGCGGAAGAGAUGAUGAUGGCGCGCUCCAAGAAGCGGGCCAGCAUGCGUCGGUCGCUCAAGAAGGGCAGUGUAUCGGACAGCAGCGACUCGGAAUUUGGUCUCCCACACUCCGAGGCGGCUGCCGGUGCUUCGGCAUCCCAAACAUCCACCCCAGCUGCCGCCGCCGCUGCCGCCGCCGCCGCCGCCGGAGCCACCACUCCCUCAUCGGGAUCGGCGGCCGCCACCCCCUCGUCCGUCACUGCUGGCUUCAGCGCCUCCGAGGCCGGGACGGGAGCUCCCCCCGUCUCGGUCAACCGUCGCGGCCGCAAGCAGUCACUGACGGACGACCCGUCCAAGACGUUUGUGUGCACGCUGUGCUCGCGACGGUUCCGGCGCCAGGAGCACCUGAAGCGGCACUACCGGUCGCUACACACGCAGGACAAACCGUUCGAGUGCGGCGAGUGCGGCAAGAAAUUCUCGCGCAGCGACAACCUGGCCCAACACGCUCGCACGCACGGGGGCGCGGGCAUGGUGAUGAACAUGCUCGACUCGAACGGCGACUCGGCCGCAUCGGCAGCCGCCCCGACCCCGUACGACGAAAGCGACGCCGGCGCUCUCGGCGCCGUGCUGUACGAGGCCGCGCACGCCGCUGCGACCAAGUCGACGACCAGCGAGUCGGACGGCAGUGGCUCGGAGCCUGUCGACCGGCGCGCUCUCAAGAAGCGCAAGCGCGACGACUCGGCGUGA